UCAGGAACCAAUUCCAGAUAAGCUGAGUGGGAGAGGAAGGUCAGGGCACCUUCCUCUCUCUGGAGGACCCUCUCUGUAGGGGGUUCCUCCAGGACGCUGGGUCAACCAUCAGGAUGCUGGCUCUUAAGCAGGCCUGAGGACUCUCUAGAUGUUCUCAUGGGUCCAAAAACGUGGCAUGUCUGAGUCCAGCACCGGACUAGAGACCCCGCUGCAGACCCCCAACCAACGCUGCUGGUUCAUACUUGAUCCCAUUGGCAUCCUGUGUGCCAUGGCCACGUGGGCGCUGGUGCUGAGCGGUGGGUGGGUACUAGUCCGGGACCUGCUUAUACCAUCUAACAACAUGUUGUACAUAGUGGCCAAUGGUAUGGUCUUCCAUCUGCUGGCCUCGUUGGCACUCGUGUCACACCUACGGACUAUGCUGACCGACCCAGGCUCUGUGCCCCUGGGUAACAGGCCCGGGCCUGACACAGUGUCCUACUGUCCUGACUGCCGCUCUGCCAUACCGAAGAGCGCAGCUCACUGUGCAGUGUGCAAGCGCUGCAUCCGCAAGAACGACCACCACUGCCCCUGGGUCAACAACUGCGUGGGUGAGGACAACCAGAAGUACUUCUUGCUUUUCACAAUGUACAUUGGACUUAGCGGAACCCACGUUCUACUCCUGCUGGGCAUCCCUGUCCUGUGCAGCUACGCCCGGGGCGAGUGGGAUUCGAGCAGCAGCGUGUCCCCACCUGCCCCUAUCCUCUUCCUCCUCCUGGUGGCGUUGAUGGGCUUCGUCCUUUCCUCGGUGAUGCUCUGCAUCCAAAUGUGCACCAUCUACACAGACAAAACUACAACAGAGCUGCUGUAUCAGAACACACACUCACCAGGCAGUCGGGCCAAGUGCGCAAACCUGAAGGCUAUUUGUGGCUCCCACAUCUCCCUGGCCUGGCUCAGUCCUUUCCAUUCCCCGAAACAUUACAAAAUGAGUGAGCCUCACAAUACGGCCUGAGUCAUUUAUGGGUGUCCAGAGCAAAGCACAGCGCCACACAAACCUGAACAAGCCAGUUCCCUGAAGGAAACCAACACGGCAGAGUAAAAAGUAAUAUACCUCAGAUUUUCUUGGGCAACAAAACAGGAGAGGAAAGUCAGGUGUCGCAGGAACGCGGAGGAAAUUGAGCUCCCUGUGCCCGAUUGGGGCUCUACCAUGCUGUCAGGUGGAAAGCAAUUAAAGGCAUCCCUUUG